CACAAAAGGUCAAUUUGGCAAUGAGAUACAAAACAGCAGGGGGCAGUAAUGUGACGGUGUUCACUCCGAGCACUCCUGCAGCAAAAAGAAGAACAAGGAUCCCAAGAACACAAGAAACUGGGUUUAUUUCGGAGGAGGUUGGCGUUAGGUACAGGAUAACAGCACAAUGGCGUCUAAAACGAAAGCUGGGAAAGUUAAUUCCAAAAGCAAAGAAGACGCUCCUCAUGAGCUGGAAAACCAGUUUGUUCUGCGGCUACCUCAGGAGUAUGCAUCCACAGUGAGAAGAAUUGCCCAAUCUGGCAGCAUGAAUCUUAAAGACAGACUCACUAUAGAGUUGCAUGCUGAUGGCCGUCAUGGAAUUGUUAGAGUGGACCGUGUCCCUUUAGCUUGUAAAUUAGUAGAUCUGCCCUGCAUCCUGGAGUCCUUAAAAACAGUUGACAAGAAGACCUUUUAUAAGACUGCUGAUGUUUGCCAGAUGUUGGUGUGCACUCUGGAUGGAGACCUCUACCCUCCUCUAGAGGAGCCUACCGGAACUGUAGACUCCAAAACAAAGAAAAAGGAUAAGGACAAAGACAAGAAGUUUAUCUGGAAUCACGGCAUUACCUGCCCUCUGAAGAACACAAGAAAAAGGCGAUUUAGGAAGACUGCAAAGAAGAAGUACAUUGAAUCUCCAGAUGUGGAAAAAGAGGUGAAGAGGCUCCUAAGCACAGAUGCUGAAGCUGUCAGUGUCCGAUGGGAAGUGAUUGCUGAAGAUGAGACUAAAGAAACUGACAAUAAUUUGUCACUAUCGAAUUUGGAUUCACCUGGAACCUCUGGGCACAAGGGUCAUGACUCUUCAGUGCCACAUGAUGAGUUGCGAGAGAUAUUUAAUGACAUUAGCAGUAGCAGUGAAGAUGAGGAUGAUGAUGGUGACCGGCAUGAAGACGAAGACCUCAAUAUCAUGGACACAGAAGACGACAUGGUGGGUCGUCUCAACGAGAAGCUUAACGAGUCUGAUGGGGGAAGAGAUGAAAACAACCGGAACAACCAAAUGGUGAUGGACUUCCAGAUGCAGAUCAACAAUCUCAAGGCUAAACUGCAGGAGACACGAGCACGAAAAAAGCAGCAGGAAGAUUUGAUCAUGAAAGUGGAGAAUCAGGCACUAAAGGCCCGCUUUCAGGCUCUACUAAAUGAAUUUAUCCACCAGGAAGAGCGUGAAAUGGAGAAGCUGGCUUCCCUGCAAGAACAGCUGGACUCACUGAUGGAGAAAUGACCAAAAGAGGGCAGUGCAAUCUCAACUCACUGCUGAAUGAACCAUGUUAUAACCAGCAGUUUUGUUACUGAAUUAUUUUAGUGUAAUGUUAUUAAAUGUUAAUCUAAAUCUUA